ACACUACGCUGAUAUUUCCGAAUGCCACGGGGCCUCCGUGUCCAAGCUCAAAUAGAUGAAGACAGUGCAGAGGCUCCUUGCGUAGUGCCGCCGCCGCGGUUCUGUGUGCUGAGGGGCCCUUCUGCUCCGGAGAAUCGAUGGCCAUGGCGUAGCGAUCUGCGAACUGCUGCAGGUGGUGUACACUGGAAUCACGCAUGGUCACGCAAAUGCGUGAGCCUGUGAGCGCAUCCUUCCGCGGUAGUGUCCUGUUUUUAACAGACGCUGUUACACGAGUUGCACUUGCGGUGUUGUUGUCCCACUUACCGCAUCUGACGCUCCUUGAACGAUCACACGCAUGAUAUAACAAACCGGUAGGCAACAAAAAAAAAAAAAGAAAGGUACGAAAGAAAAAGAAAAGGCCAGCCAAACGUAAGAGGCCAGAAGUGGACGCCGCAUAUUUGACCGAUGCACUACGUACACCGCAGAUCUGUCACCGGUAAGCACACGCACUGCUGCAGAAACAGCCGCGGCGGUGUAAAUCAAUGAUCAGUGCAUACCAUUCGGUGAAGUUCACCGUGCGGCGAACGUGCUUCCAACGGCGACAAUUAACAAAGCGGGUGGGGAUAAGCUUUUCUUUACCGAUGAAAAUCACCGGCACCAAAGCAUUCCUGACCGUGGAAGCUGCGGAAGAAGCGUGGGUCACCCUUGACGACAGUCUUUAGGCUGCGGUCAGACGACUGAGGACGACCAAGGGCAGCGGGCAGGGAGGGUGGCAGGUUUGGGGGCAGCUUAAGGCUUUUUUUUUUUUUCUCUUUGACGCAUCGCCAUGAGCAUUGUAGCAGUGAGGAGGAGGAAAGGGAGGGUGGGAUGGCAGGCGACUCGGGCACAGAGCGAAAGUCAUGGCCGCGUCCUCCUCUCCCUCGAUGCGACGCGGCAGCAGUGCAGGGACCAGCAGCGGCGCAGCAGCAGCACCAGGCGGGCGCUGCAGCAGCGAGCAGCGCUUGGGAGGGCGGCCCACCAAUGAGGGGAGGAAGAGAGCAGCACGCCGCGACCUGGCCAAGGAGCGCGCGCGUUCCUGCCGCCGGUCUCUGGUGAGGAGAGACUCGCCAGACGCCGUCGCCAUGAGAAGCGGGCUCGCGACGCUGCUCGCCGUCGCCUCGCUGCACACGUGGAGCGCCGCGCUGGCGCUCAGGGUCCUGGACCACAGACUCUUCGGGGCUACGCGCACCAUAAAGCUCAAGCCGUGCCAAAACAGGGUGACCAGCCAAGAAGGCACUUGCAUGUUUGCCUGGGACUGUUUCAGCGCGGGCGGUACCCACCUCACAUACUGCACAGACUCUUUUUACACGGGUAGCUGUUGCAAACUGCCUCCUGGGGUCGUCGUGCAGCAACAUGACAUGCCUUCUGAACCUGCCAACAGCAUUGAUUCGGUGCCAUACGAGGGUGACGACGACUACAAGAAAAGAACGAAGCGACCUCCGACGAGCACGCCCAAAACGACGUUGCAUAUGUCGUCCAAGACAACGCAGCCAGUUACCUACGCGGUGACAACACCGAGCCAUACGCCCUUGCCGGGGGCUACACCCUUUGUGGGUCUCUCGACUUUUACGCCAGGCCUAAUCACGUGGAGGCCUCACGAGACUACUUUGCCGUUUCUUCCCGACGAACCGCCAUCAACAGUGCCAAAUGAUUACGGGUCAAGUGCCAGCGUACCGGACACGACAACAUUUUCGACCACGACUGCUAAGAAACAAACCACGCGAGCGCCUGCCACGACCACGCGAGCGCCUGCCACGACCACGCGAGCGCCUGCCACGACCACGCGAGCGCCUGUCACGACCACGCGAGCGCCUGUCACGACCACGCGAGCGCCUGUCACGACCACGCGAGCACCUGUCACGACCACGCGAGCGUCUGUCACGACCACACGGAUACCAAUCGUGGCGAGCACAUUCCUCACUCCUGAAGAAACAACGGCAGCGAAAACUUCGGAGUCUGCUCCUCAGACAACAACGAAGGUCACAACGGAGCAACCAGUCGAAACGAGCAGCAAGCCAACGGAAACGGUCGCGUACGGUACAAUGUCCCAGGAUUACACGAAGUCUACGGAGGCGCCCACGACAUCCACACAAACUCCAGCCGACGACACCACAACAGCAAAGGCCACUACGCAGAGGCCAUCCACAACGUCAGUUCAGAGUCACACGUGGAUCGUCAACGAACGAGAAACCACGAUGGCUAUUCCGCAGUCUGUUCCGACGGAGCAGACGUGGGUGGUAGUCGACGAGGCCGAUGCCAGUGGUCAGCAAACAACCACACCGGCGCAAAGUGAAACCGCCAGCCAGACCACUUCCACCUCGUCGAUGGCAGACUGGUCCACGGUGACCGACAUGGUUACCUCGAUAUCGUGGGUCGACAUGACGGAGCUAUCUACGACGCAGAAGCCGCCGCCAGAUGUACCCGACACAACGCCGCUACCCUCGGAACCUCCUCCUUCGCGUAAACCAGUUCCUCCUACCGCGUCUACCACCGUAGCGACGACUUUGAGUGCCGCCACUGGCACUGAUAUCGCGGCGACAGAUUUCGUCACUGUCAGUCCAGACUCAUCGGAGGUGCCCUCACUCGAACUGGUAAGCGCUACGGCUACUGCAACGUCCACCAAAGAAGAAGUUAGUACGCAAGCGCAGACAAACACCCAACGGCUGACGUCAACUGCGCGACCGACUACCUCCCAGCCCACCACUCCUACGCCAGAAGUAGCCACGACAACUACCACGCGGCCAAUUCCCAUACUUACGACUCUCGCGCUCACUACACGCCGCACUCCGCCAACCACUGCACAAGAGACGACAGUCCCGACCACGACAACAGCUCGUACGACGUGGAAGUACACGACGGUGCCGACCUACACUGUCUCGGAAGAGCGCGAGACCACGACACAAGCGCCGACGACGAAGAAGGCAACCACGCCCCCAACGACUGUUCAGUCGACACUUCCAAAAGCAACGACCACGACAACUGUGCCGACGACUACGGUGACAACGGGGCCGACGACCAUUUCUCCUGACAAGGACAUUCGGAAAAUAUGCGGCCGGCCGAGGACAGUACCAAGCGCGAGGAUUGUGGGAGGCGAACAGACAAAAUUUGCUCAGUGGCCUUGGAUGAUAUCCCUGCGACAGUUCAAACGAAACAACUUCCUGCACAAGUGCGGAGCGGCGCUACUCAACGAAUAUUGGGCCAUCAGCGCGGCCCACUGUGUCCACAACGUGUCACCCACUGACAUCCUUCUCCGACUGGGCGAGUACGACCUGAAGAGUGAGCGUGAGCCGCUGUCGCACGUGGAGCGGCGCGUGCAGAUCGUGGCCACGCACCCACGCUUCGAUGCCAGCACCUUCGAGUACGACCUGGCUCUGCUGCGCCUCUACGAGCCCGUGCCCUUCCAGGACAACGUGAUGCCCGUCUGCGUACCCGACACCAACGACAGCUUCGUUGGUCGCAGUGCCGUUGUCACCGGAUGGGGACGUCUGUACGAAGAUGGACCCCUUCCGAACGUCAUGCAGAAAGUCAGCGUGCCCAUUAUUACCAACAAAGAGUGUGAGAUCAUGUACCGCAAGGCCGGUUUCAUCGAGGACAUCCCCAACAUCUUCAUCUGUGCCGGCCUUGCCAAAGGUGGCAAGGACUCCUGUGAGGGCGACUCUGGUGGGCCACUGGUGUUGAAAGAUCCGACAACGGGGCAGUGGUCACUCAUUGGUAUCAUCUCGUGGGGCAUCGGCUGUGCCUUGCCAAACCAGCCCGGCGUGUACACGAGGAUCACGCAUUUUGCCGACUGGAUUCGGCAAAUAAUCGUCUUCUGAUGUCGAAUGGGAUUCUUAGGCAGCUAUUCUACUUCACAAGGGCGAACGACAUUACAGCGGCGCCGGUGCACAUCUCGGCCGGUCCGGAAGCUUACCUGCCUGGUCAUUUGCUUGGCAGCAGCACUAACGUCGUGGGAAAAACGCCCCAAAAGAGGGAAGGGGGGAGGGAGGGAAAGGUGCUUCUUCGCAAUGUGCUCAUUCUAUGGUGGUAGGGUGACCACAUUUCGCUUCAACUGCAAGGAACUUUUGCCUUUUCUGGUGUUUUCCCGUAUGGCUCAAUGUCCGCACACUUCUUCACACUCUACAUAACCGCAUUUAAGGUUCAGCUGACGUCACGCACAGACUGUUAUAACGUUGGGGUAGCGUGUAGUGGUACUUGUGGGACGUGACGCAUAGGGGGCUCACAAAGAAGCCGAAGCGACCACAUUGUGCAAUCUCAAAACUAAAGACUUAUGAAAUGGUUCUAUAUAUCCAAAUUAAAACAGCUAGUGUGCGUGUGUGUAAAUAUACAUACAUCAUUAUAACAUUUUCUUGUAAUGCACGGCGCUCUUCCGGCAAGGCCCAGGAGCGUCGAAAAAUGCCGUUUUAAGCUAGCACGAAUCAAAAUUUAUUGCUUUUAUUUCUUCUCAUUUCCCAUAAAAGCAUAAUUUAUUUCAUUAUUUAUUUCUAGUGCCAUUGCUCCAAUGAGUUUGUAAUGCGUCACUUUUAAACUAUUACAAAGGGUCAUUCCGUGAGCAUCUUUGUUGUUUGUUGUAUGGAUACUGCUGUAUUGAUUGCUCUAAGCUAUUGGGACCACUACUGUAAUGCAAAUUUCACCAAGGUGGACGACGAAAAUGCUGCAUCGAGGACUGGCAGAAAGAUUAGCGGACCCAGUGUUUCCUUCAUAUGCCUUUUCUUUGAUCAGUUGGCUUGUUCCACCUAACGAGAAGAACAUAUUGUGUGCAUUUUUUUCAUUUAUCUGAUCAUGUGAAUUUUUGUUUUAUUUUAAUGAAUUGACGCUCUUUCCCUCACAGCUCGAGUUAAGAGAGUGUGCUGUGAAGCAAUCUACAACCUGUGAUAGUUAAAAUGUGCCUUUAACUGCCUUUACAGCAAAAUAAAACUAUUCAAGCUAAGAAAAGAGCAUUUCGAUAUGUAGCACGCACAAUACUGCGCUGGUUAGCAGCACAGAGAGCGCGAUGCCAAUAGAUUGGCAUACGCCGGGCCGGAUAAUAGAACAAUUAUAGUCAAGUUUCGGUGAUAGCAUGAAACCUUACUUUGUUUGGUUUGCUUGAUGUUAUAUAACGAUGAGAGGAACAGCUGGACCUCAUGUUGUAGGAAAACACGCAUAUCUUUGAGAAAUGGAGCAUCGAAGGUUACUCACUUGUCUUAGCAAAAUUAGUUACUGUGCACAGAGCGCAAGGUAUAUAUGGCGAUAAUUCAGUAGCGUACCCAGUUUUCUGAAGAGAUUUUACUCAGGCGUGCCUACGUGUUACCAGUGACACUUGUAAGCUCUUGACGACAUCCCGUGAUGCUUGUAUUCAUGAAAAGUGCAUAUAAACGGAGAUAAGGCGUUAUCCAUGAGCUAAUUAAUCUCCAUGAAGAAAUUUUCUCUGCUUUUUUGUCGCCGAAAAAAUGUUAUAUCACAAAAGAGAGUAUGGCAUAUCCUGAAGAACCCUACUUCACAAAAUGUCAGCCACUUGCAACAGUUCUGGCACUACCUAUGUCCAUGGCACAGCGGUUACAAUGGGACAUUAUACGUGUACGCUAGGUUAUCGCUUUGAGGUUCUGGACUUGUUUAAACGCAGCGACUACGACCAUUGCAAAUUAAUAGCUGCAGUGUCUCCUCCUACAAAUGACAAAGUCAAGGUCAAUGAUAGUUAUCUCUAUUCCAACCGUUCCAAAGUUCUCUAAUCCGGCACUGCUGAAUCCUGCUAUUUGCUUGAUGACAUCACUGUCCAGAUCUCCUGGUCUGCGUAGUAACUAGCUAUAUUUUAAGAGUUACAAUUGCCCUAUUCGCAUCAUCCUGCAUUGAGAGUGUGAAGUGACUUAUGCCCAACCUGGUUACAUGGCGUUGACAUUGAUGACGCCACACGCGACACCAUAUUUCAAGGUGCCACCAGCUAUGGCGUGCAAUGACAGAUUCUGUCGAGUAUUCGAAGCAGGUGUUUCACGAAUAAUACGCCAUUCAAUGUUCUUGACUAAGUCUUCUUCGGGUAAGCGAUUCCAUCCAAGUCACCCUUUCACAUUGAGUUCAUUUCAAAUAUAAUGAACCUAAAUGCCCGAUGAUGUUUUCACGUAGAAGACUAUUUUACAAAGUGUACGUAGUUAUUUAUUAAACUCAUUCAUCGUCGA